GCUCGGUCCUGACCACUAUAAAGCCUCCAGACCUUACUCACAGAGUUCUCUUGCUUUUAAAGCCCCUGUCCUAAUGCAGGACAGUCUACUUUUCUGCGUCUGCUCAACCUGAGCUUUGUUUUAAAUAUUGAUGAGGGAUGUGCAGUUAGUCUUUCCUGUACGCAAAGGGCGCGCAUCGGUGGAUUAAUAAACCCAAGCAUCAUAUGUUUCAUUUAGAGGAGUUCCGUGUUUUUAUUCUGACUUCUGAAUUUCCACAGUAAUGGCUAUCAACACAGAUGCCGAGUUUGAGAGGAGUGAAAUGAGCGAGAGCAGCGGAGGCGGAGGCGGCAGCACCGCGACGGAAUUCAGAGACACGCACAAACUUCUUGGUGUCGUCGUGGGCGACGGGAAAGACGGACUCGGGAGCCGCCCCGACUCCCGUCGGCCGAGCGUCAGGUCACUGAAGUCGCUGAAAUCCCUGAGCGUUGAGCAGAACAGCUACAAGUCCACAGGGACCGGAAGUAUUCAGACUCCGCCGCGCUCUCCGGCACCGGAGCGCAACGAACCCGAGCCACCCAGCUACAUGUGGCUCGCGCUCUUCUCCUGCUUCUGUCCCGCGCUGCCGCUCAACGUCAUCGCUCUGUACUUCUCACAUGCGUCGCGCUCCAUGACCCAGGCUAAGGAUUAUGAAGGAGCUAGGAGACUGGGCCGACGUUCGAUGCUCUUCAGUAUCAUGGCCAUUGCUGUGGGUCUGAGUAUAAUCCUUUAUCUAGCGAUCACAGAGAGCUGAUGCGGUGUCAUGUAGACAGUCUUUAUAUCACGGAUGAUCGGUCGGGCGUGGCACGUCUUUUUCCGAGAACGUGAACACCGUCCUUGAGACUAAAAGGACUAGAAUAUCUUGCACUACAAUUUUAAAAAAAAAAUACAAAACUGUCAUGCCUUAUCAUAUCUCGGACAAUAUGCGAAAUAGUAUGGAUUUCUCGUGCAUGCUCGGUCUCUGUCCACUGAGAUAGCAGAUGACGUCCACGUGGGGCGUGUCCUAUCUGAAGGGUGCGGCCAAAUAAACUGCCCUGAGCUGAAAUCUGCCAAUAAAGCUUGAAAAGCAGAGCAAAAAAAAA